AUGUAUCUAGACUUCACUAAGAGCCUCGGUAUUGGCUCGCUCACUACCAUGCUCCUCUCCGCAUUUACCCCUCGAGAGCGAGCGCUCGUUGUUCAUCAGCCAGCGCUGCCUCCAUCCUAUCCGCUGGCCGUCCGGAGUCCGUAUCUCUCAGCAUGGAUGCCCAGCGAUCAGGUUCAAACAUUGCCGUAUGCGGAGCCUCAGUUCUGGGCGGGACAGAGUCUCACGUGGUCGGUCAUGGCUCGCGUCGAUGGCCAGGCGUACAGUUUGAUGAGCGUCAAGAAUCCAGGCGAGAACAUCAUUCCUGCGAUCGUUCGAAGUGCCGAGUAUACCGCGACCCAUUCAGUGUUUACUCUUUCCGCUGGUUCGGUGGUUUUCACUUUGGACUUUUUCUCGCCCAUAUCGCCCUCAAACUAUCUGCGGCAGUCUCUUCCUUUCAGCUAUUUGACCGUUUCUGUAUCGGAGGGUUCUUCCAAGAGCAUCCAGAUCUACUCCAGCAUCGACGGAAGAUGGGCGGGCAAGCCACAAGACACUACACGCGGUUUUCGCGAAACCGGCACCACUGCCGUCUUCUCCUUGGGGCUGAAGGACGGCUCCCCUUACGCUGAAGUAGAUGAUAUGGCUACAUGGGGCGAGGCGAUCUUCGCCUCUCGCCCAACUUCUAAGUCUAAACUCUCUUUCUCAUCCGGCAAACGCGGGGAAGUGCGUUCUCAGUUUGUCAGUACUGGGAGACUAGUCGACAAUCGUCAGCCAUGGGUUCCAGGAGGAAUCGUGGCCCUUUCACACGAUCUAGGAAAGGUUGAGGGUAGAGAAUCAGUAACAUUUGCCGUUGGGCAUGUGCGUGAGCAGUCCAUUAAUUACCUGGGCAAACCAUACACUGGCUAUUACCGAUCGCAGUACCCGGAUAGCCACGACGCGGUCUCUUACUUCCUUGACGACUAUACCGCCGCUCUGCAGGAGUCUCGGAUACUCGAUGCAGAGAUGGCCAAGCAAGCCAAAGCAGCGGCUGGCCAAAAGUACGCCGACAUCGUCACACUGUCGGCUCGUCAGGCGUACGGAGGGAUAGAGGUGACCAUCCCUAAUGACACUCUUGACACCACCGAUGUUCUGGCGUUCAUCAAGGAGCUUUCUAGCAAUGGCAACCUCAACACAGUGGACGUUAUCAUGCCUGCCUUCCCGAUUUACUACAUUCUGGACCCGGACUACAUCCGACUUCUGCUGGAACCGAUGAUGAGGUACCUGGCUGCUGGCCGCUGGCAAAAGCCGUAUGUAAUCCACGACAUGGGCAAGCAUUAUCCCAAUGCCAUUGGGCAUGACAAUCAGAAGGCCGAGCCAAUGCCGAUUGAGGAAUGUGGGAAUUUAAUGGUACUGAUCCUGGCCUACGUACGAGCAACAGGCGACACCGAAUGGGCCGCUCAGUACACCGACCUCUUGAGAGGCUAUGCGGACUAUUUGGUCGAUAAUGGCGUUGAUAUCACCAAGCAGCUGUCUUCGAACGAUGCAGCUGGCGCACUAGCCAAUGAGACGAACCUUGCCAUCAAGGCGGCCGUUGGUAUCAAGGCAUUCGGUGAACUGACGGGACUCUCCGAAUACUCUCAAGUUGGGGAAGCGCGAGCGGAUCUGUUCUUCACCCAGGGCCGUGGAACAGACGGGAACAAGACACACUUCGUGCUGCAGUAUCCCGGCAAGCCAGCCUCUUGGAAAAUACCAUACAACCUCUACCCAGAUGUACUACUUGAUCUUCAGACCUUCCCCAAAGCGGCAUACGAGAUGGGAAAUACCUUCUUCAAGUCGGUGCGAGCUGAAUAUGGGGUCCCGUUGGAUAACCGGCAAGACUGGGCCAAGUCGGACUGGAACAUGUGGUUAGCAGGCACGUUCGAUGCCGACACUCGCUCUGAGUUUGUGGAGGAUCUUUGGAGUUUUAUGACCAACGGAAAACACAACUGGCCGUUCUCCGAUCGGUACGUUGCCACAUCAGCCAAGGGACGGAGCCCUGGGGUGCCUGUGCUGUGCCGAGCUCGCCCAACAGUGGGCGGUCAUUUUGCCCUGAUGGCACUACAAGGGCCCAAAUCCCUUCAAGCUGCUGUUUCGAGGCAAGUGCUCAGUGAAGGGGGCAACCAAGGAAGCAGUGACAGCCAGGAGACUUUGUUGAACCAGGGAGAGAAUCUGUAG